AUGGAUCAAGAGAUCUUGAAACUAAUCGACGCCAGUUUUUCCAAUGAAAAUGAGAAGCGAAUCAAGGCAGAAGAAGCACUUGCCCAGUGCGAUGCAACACAAGAUUUCCCCCGGGCUCUUCUUCUCAUCGGAUUGAAUGAGGCAGUCGGCCUACAGUACCGACAAUCAGCGUCAGUUCUCCUGAAGAACUGGAUCGACUAUCACUGGAACUCCAGCGGCGAUAAAUUCAAAGAACCAGCGGCGAGCGAAGAAACGAAAGAAUUCAUCAGACACGGACUCCCACGAGGACUUGCUAAUGAAUCCAGAGCCGUGAGAAAUGUCUUUGCCGCUGCCUUAUCAAUUGUAGCUGGCUGGGAGUGGCCCGAAAUAUGGCCUGAUUUCGUCCCAAACUUAAUCGAAGCCCUCAACUCCGACAAUGCGAAUAUGGUCGACGGAGCGCUUCGUUGUUUGAAAGAGUUCUCGACAGAUAUUAAUGGAAAGUUCGCUCCAGAAAUGAUCAAAAACAUUUUGCCCAAGUUGCUCGAAUUCAUGACUCCCAAUUCUGGUGCUACUCCAAUCAUGGCUGCUCGUUCUCUCCAAAUUUUGACGACGCUUACGAUGCUUCUUAGCGAUGCUAGAGCAAAGACAUUAGAUGAUCAUUACGAAAAAAUCCUGACAGUUUUCCGCGCCUGUAUCCUUCGUCCCGUCGAUGAAGAGGACGACUGGCUCAUCAAACGUAACGUCUUCAACUGCUUCAACGAGCUUGUCAAGGGCUUUUCAAAGAAGAUCGCCCCAAUCUCUGCUCAUUGCCUUCAGGAUUGCUGGUCCUUUAUCGCCAAGCUUUCGAAACAAUAUCUUGCCAUGGCGAUCAACAGUGAUGAAACCGAAAGCCAAGAGGAUUCAGACAACGAAACUGCUGGGAUCCAAGGAACUGUCGUGGCCGCAAUUGAAUUUCUCUGUACAAUAAUUGAAAAGAAAGCGUUUGCGAAAGUCGUUCAAAUUGGUGUUCCUCCGCUAAUUCCAUCGCUUAUGAUCUUUUUGCAACCAUCGGCCGGGCAGAUUAACGCCUGGGAAGAUGAUCCAGAUAGAUUCGUUGAAGAAGAAGACGACGAAGUCAUGCUUUGCUCGGUUAGAACAACUGCCAUGGAUCUCCUUCUCUGUAUCGCGAAAGACCACCUCGAAGUGCUUCUUCCGCCGCUUUUGGAAUAUGUCGGGGAGUCUCAAUCUGGAUCAGCAAGUUGGCAGCAGCGUGAAUCCGCCUAUUACAUCAUUGGAGCCGUUGCAAGCGCGUUGGAAGAAGAACACAUGACCAAGUUUAACAUUCGAGGCUAUCUGGAAGGACCGACUCUUCGCGAUUUGAAAUCAGGUGAAAGCCCCUUCCUUACUGGCCGAGCUCUCUGGUUCUCUGCUCGUUUCGCCGACAAAGUUCCGCCUAAUCUUCUGCAGGCAUUCCUCGAAGCUACUGCUCACGGCCUACAAAAUGGACAAUCACCGAUCGUCCGAAUCCAAGCCGCCAGAGCCGUCUACGAGUUCAUUACAAACAUCCCCUUGGAAAAGAGAGAAAUCCUCGGUUCCUUCGUCACUCAAGCUCUUGGUUCGUUGAUUGAAAUGUGCUCGUCCGCGCCGACUGAGGUUUCCUGCUUGCUUUUGGAAGUGAUCACAGAGUGCAUCAACGUCGAAGAGGAUAAUCUUGAACAGUAUGGAACGCAACUCACAGACUUGAUCCUCUCGACACUGCAAAGUAACAGUUCCGAUCCGCACAUCUGCGCGAUCGUUGAGGACAUGGUCGAGGCACUUGGAAAGAAAUUGACGCCACAAGUGAUCGGUCAAUUCCCGACUGUCUUCUCCGCCUUUGUUCCUUAUUUGAUCCACAUCAUGAAGACCCCGGAAGAUGAGAUCUCCAAAGAUUCAGAUGUCUCCAACAGCUUCAUCGCCAUUUGCCUCGACAUCACUACCCGCUUUGUUCGAUCGAUUCCAAAGCCGCUUCCGGAAGAGCUUCUUCGGCAGCUUUACCCAGUCAUCGUCGAAAAAACUCUUCAAUCAGCGGACACUCAAGUGAUUCAGUCGGGAGGCGAAGCUGUCAGAGGAUUCUUUGCAGCUGCGGGGGAUCAAAUUUGCGCGAUGGAACAUGGUCUUGAAGCUGCUGAACGCGUCAUUCUCCAUCUUCUUGAACCCAACUCGCCAGAAUACUCCGCCUCGUUUGCCGGCCGCCUCGUCUGUCUAAUUUUGCUCAACACAAAAUCCUAUUGGGAUCUUAGAUUCCUCAACACUGCCACUACUCUCACUGUUCAACAGGCUCUUCUUCUCGUCUUUGCGCGAUUGGCUUCGGCGGAUACUAUGGGACUGGUCAACUUUUUGGAUUCGAAAAAUGCUCUUCAGCCAUUGAUGCAACUGUGGCUUGAAAAACAAUGCGAAGUUUUUGGCGCUUAUGAACGAAAGGUUACAGUAGCUGGUCUUUGCAGCCUCCUUACUCUAUGUGCUAAUGGCGAGGAACGCUUGAUCAACUUAUCCUUGCGAAAGAAAAUUGAAGAUCAUUCUGGAGGUCGAUCGACAAGAUCAAAAAAGAAAGUUGAAAAAUUCGCUGAUGUUCCGUUUUCUCAAAUCGCGCUGGAAACGUUAGCUUCUGAGUGGACUAGCCAAAGAGAAAAGGAAGAAGAUCUUGAAGAAAUUUUGGAUGACGACGAAGAUGAUUACGAAGAAGACUCCUCCGGCGAAGUUGAAUCUGACGAGAUUAAUUUUGGAACGAACGGUCAAACGGCAAUUUUGUUGAGCGAGUUACUCGCCGGCCGAGGAGAUCUGGAAGACUUGGAGGGAGAAGAAGAGGACGAUGUGAAAAGCGACCCUCUUCAUGGAAUCAAGAUUUGCGAACACAUCACUGAACAGAUUCGCAAUCUCGCUAAUUCCUCCCUUAUCAGGGAAACUGCAAGUCACCUGGACGAAACCAACCGAAAGAUUCUCGAGCGAGUCAUCACUGCGUAA